AUGGAGUUCCUGCUGGGGCUUCAGGUGCUACUGGGCCUGGUGGGGUGCCUCACCGCCCUGGAGGAGCUGUCUGGGGAUCUGCGGGUCACUGCCACCUGGGUGACAGUGCCCCGGGAGUUGAGCCCCCGGGCCGACAGCAACCCCCUGGCUGUCUCCUACUGGCUGGAGGUGGAGGGGCGGCCAUGGAUGCUGCGCCUGCGGCCCAGGAGGGGCCUGAUCUCCCACCCCUUCACCUUGGUCACCUACAGCAAGGAUGGAGCCCGCUGGGAAGAGCACCCCUUUGUGCAGGACAGCUGCUUCUACCAGGGCGAGGUGCAGGGGAGCCCUGGCUCCCUGGUGGCCCUCAGCACCUGUGGAAGGGGCCUGCGCGGCAUGCUCUGGGUGGAGGAUGGCACCUACGAGAUCAAGCCCAUCCCUGACGAUCCAGCCUUCCGACACGUCCUCUACCGCGUGGAGGAGGCCAACAGCCCUGUGGGUCCCACCUGUGGGCUGACCCUGAAGGAGCUGCAGCACCAAGAGGCUUUACUGCCCUGGUUCAAGGCCCCCUGGGCAGAGAGGGAGGAGGAGAUGCUGAAGGACUGGUGGACGCACACCAGGUAUGUGAAGAUAGUAGUGGUUGUGGAUAAUGUGCGGUUUGUGAAGUCGGGCAGGAACGAAUCUGAAGUCUUGAGGCAAGUCAUAGAAGUCAUCAACAUUGGGGACUCUCUGUUUGAACAGCUUUCUGUUCAGCUGUUUCUUGUGGGAUUGGAGAUCUGGACCGAAAGCAACCUUAUAAACAUUACAAAUUCUGUUGGCAAGGUACUUGACGACUUUAACAAAUGGCGAAAGUCAGACCUGUCUCCACGAAUGCGCCAUGAUACUGCUCACUUAUUUGCAUUUCAGAGUUUUGGAAAGAGCCUGGGAUUGGCGUAUCUGGGGUCCAUGUGUGAUAACCAGUGGUCAUCAGCAGUUGCUUCCUUCACUGAUAGGAAGUUGUCCUCAUUUAUUAUCACAUUUGUCCAUGAGCUGGGCCAUGGUCUUGGGAUGCGCCAUGAUGGACAGGGCUGUAAAUGCAGACGGAAGAAAUGCAUUAUGCAUGAAAGUGAAGCUGACACUGAUGCGUUCAGUGACUGCAGUUACAAAGACUACUUUGAUCUGCUUGGGCGUGGCGCCAGCUGCAUUCGUCAACCACCAGCACCUGGCACUUUCUAUACCAUGAAGCGUGAAUAUUGUGGGAAUAAGGUAGUAGAAAGAGGAGAGCAAUGUGACUGCGGAUCAGAAUCAAACUGCAGAAAGGAUCCUUGUUGUCAUCUGAACUGUACAUUUACUGCAGGUUCAGUCUGUGCUUCUGGAAAGUGCUGCAAGAGCUGUCAGGUCCUUCCAGCAGGAACGCUCUGCAGAGCAAGUACUGGUAACUGUGACCUGCCAGAGUAUUGCAAUGGGACUUCCCCUCAGUGCCCACCAGAUGUGUACAUGCAAGAUGGAACUCCUUGUAAAGAUGGUGCUUAUUGCUAUCGAGGAAAAUGUUCUUCCCACAGUAAACAGUGCCAGCAGCUCUUUGGCAAACAAGCCAGGGCUGCUCCUGUAGAUUGCUUCAAAGCAGUGAAUACUCAAGGUGACCGGUUUGGGAAUUGUGGUAUUCGUAACAAUAUCCAUUUUACAAAAUGCAGUAUUGAGAAUAUCUUAUGUGGUAGGAUCCAGUGUGAAAACAUACACAGGUUGCCUUUCUUGCAGAACCAUGUAACACUAGUCCAAACCCCUGUUGGAGAUAAAAAGUGUUGGGGUCUUGACUAUCACAUAGGGAUGCCAAUAGCUGACGUGGGGGCUGUGGAAGAUGGCACGCCAUGUGGUAGUGAUAAGCUUUGUAUCAACAGGACAUGUACCAGCAUAUCACUGCUGAACUACGAUUGUAAUGUGACAGUGUGUCACAACAGAGGAGUGUGCAACAAUCGGAAGAACUGUCACUGCAGGUAUGGCUGGGCUCCUCCAUAUUGUGAAUGGGAAGGACUUGGAGGGAGCGUUGACAGUGGACCCCCUCCAGCCAGGGAGAAUUUCCAGAAAGCAAAGACGGGCGUAAUAGCACUUAGCCUGCUUUUUGUCUGUAUCCUUGGAAUAAUCCUUACCAUACGUUAUAAACAUGAAAUAGUGGGAUGGCUUAGGAGGAAAAGGCCCAGUUCCACAGAAGAAGAUAGCAGCUGUUUCAAAUAG